AUGAAAAAAAGCUGCAAUAUCCCCAAGGUAUUAAGAAAUGUGGACUAUGCCUUAUAUUUAGUUACGGACGAUAAAUUUUUAAAAGAUAAGGAAAAUGUAUGUGAAAAGUUUAUCAACAAAGUGAGGGAGGGAAUCAUGGGAGGAGUGGGGUUGGUACAACUCAGAUUAAAAAGCUCAGAUGAUUUAUAUUUUUAUAAUAUGGCAUUAAAAAUGAAAAGUAUAUUACGUAAAUAUAACAUUCCACUAAUAAUAAAUAAUAGAGUUGAUAUAUGUUUAGGUGUAGGAGCAGAUGGAGUACAUGUAGGUAAAGCAGACAUCCCAAUAAACAUUGCAAGAAAUAUUUUAGGCGAAAAAAAAAUUAUCGGAGCAACUAUAAAUUUCAGCAGUGAAAAGGAUAUUGAAAUGGCAAUAAAUAAUAAUGUAGAUUAUAUAGCUCAUGAACAUACAUUAUAUGAGUCGAGUACAAAACGAACUGUGACAUCAUAUGAACAUGGAAUAAAGGAACAAAUAAAUAUAUUACAUAAUAAUAUAAAAUAUCUUCAAAAAAAAGGGAAAAUUUGUAAGAAUGUUUAUCCGAUAACCACUCCUCCUAUUAUAUUAAUUGGAGGUAUUAAUACAAAUAACAUAAAAGAAACCAUGUCAUCUUUUCACGACACAUGUGAAGGUGUUGCUGUUGUUUCAAAUAUCAUCAGUGAACAAGCUAACCCAUUUUUAAAUGCUCUAAAAUUAAAAUUUGUUGUAAAUAAAUAUAAAUGUAGUUACAGUAUUGCCUUUGUCAAUCUGUUUAGUAGUUGUUUGCGUUAUUUAUUUUAUAAUCGAUUAGAGAAAGUGGAAGGUGGAAUGAAUAUUACGAAUAACCUUUUCCAUGAUGAUGGACAUAAUAAUAAACAUCAUAUGAACUAUCAGCAGCUAGCCACAAACAUGAAGGUACAAAAAAAUGUGCACUAUUUUUUUUUAAAUAACCUUGACCUUCCAAUCGUUGAAUUAAAUCACUCGAUUGAUAUUAGUAACAAAAUAAAAAUGUUCCUUCUUCAUUCGAAAUAUUUAAAUUCCAAUAAGGACAAUUCUUCGCCUCACACUUUGCCUCAAUUAAACAGUGCGAAUCAUGACCACUGUAAACGUGUGCAUAAUUUUAUGACAAAAAUUAAAAAGGAAAAGAUCUUAAAUAAUAUAUUUAUAUUUAUUGGAGAGAAAAUGUAUGCAAUAUUUAAGAAGCAUUUCUCAUCAACAUUUUUUAAGUUAAAUUAUUUUUUUCUUAUAACCAAAAAUCCUCAACUUAAUUUAGGCUCCUUUAAAUUAUUUGAAUGUGAUAUAGAAAACGUUUCCAUAAAAUAUAAGCAGAAUUUUAUUAUUAUAAUUUUAAAAAGAAGCAAUUUUAAUGAUAGUAAAAUUGCAAAAUUGGGUUUUUACUUAUCAUAUUUUUUAAUUGUACAAGAGAAUAUUACACCAGAAUUUUUAUCACGAAUUGUGAGUGAACGGAAAGAUGAAGACUGCGAAGAGCAACUGCUAAAAUUUAUUGCCGCUGUCAGGAUAUCUUUUGAAAUUUUAGCAAAUGAACACUUACCAGCUGAGGAGCUCAUCUUUUAG